UAAGUUACAGUGAUGAGUGACAUGCUGACUUAUAAACUCAGCAAACACAGGGAGCUGUUUUACAUAACAAUGACAUUGCACUCAUUCCUUUAGAGAAACAGAGGAGAGCUGUAGAACCAGUUUUCAGUCACGUGGGAAGGGUGUCUAAUAGAAGGACUUUUUUUCAGCACUUGUUUUUGCUUUUUUUUUUCCUGGUAAAUACGUUUCAUUUUUAGGAGGAUUACACCGACACUCACCGAAUGUUGGUUUAAACUGGAAUUAAAGAUGGCCGGGAAGCCGUUCCGUGCCACCUUUAUCUGGAGCAGCAUCAUUAACAACCUGCAGACGCAGGUGGAGGUCAAGAGACGACGUCACAACCUGAAGUCCUACCACGACUGCUUCCUUGGCUCCGAGGCUGUGGAUGUGGUGUUGGCUCACAUCAUCCAAAGCAAGUUCUGCGGCGACAAUGAGGUACCACGUUUCAAAGCGGUGCGCCUCUGUCAGGCGCUCAUGGACUCGCGGGUGUUCGAAGCAGUGGACACCAAGGUGUUCGGGAAAGAGAAGAGGCCAGCCAAGUUUGAGGACAGCAGCUGUAGUUUGUACAGGUUUCUGAAUACAAAUGCCAACAAGGAUACGAUCGAACAGACGUAUGAAUCUGCCUCCAUCAACAGGAACGAACUACCCAAAAGGGAAGAGGAACAGGAGUAUUCAAACACCUCGCCAGUCAAAACAGAUAAAUCCCUGGAGGAAGUUUUGGGGAACCUGAACUCAAGCACAGUCAUCACACCCCAGCUGAUGAAUCUGGGUCUGUCACAGGAGUUGGUGGAUGAGGUUUGGCAGCAGCAGGCAACGCUGAGAUUACUGCAGCUGAUCGAGUUGCCUCUAUUGGAGAGUCUUCUCGAAGGAAAGGAAAGUCCCCGGCCUCCCCUGCACGGGAUGGACAGUGACCCAGAUCUCCUUUACACCAGCAACUACGUGGACCGAGAAAUCCUCAAAGCAUUCAGCGAAGCUCAUGCCGAUGCCUGGCUCUCAGCAGCUGUGGACUGCCUGGAGUUUCUUCCUGAUCAGUUGGUAGUCGAGGUCAGCCGAGGGCUCGCCAAAUGUCCGGAGGAGACUUCGCAAUAUAAACGUCUCCUCUAUAGCAUUCUGAUCCAACACUACGGCCAGACGGACUACCCUCCACUGUUCACCAACCACGUCUUCGACAUACACAGCGGUAUCUCGGAGCUAUUAGUUAAUGGAAAGCAGGAGCAGGCUCUGGAGGCCCUGCAGCUCUGCCUAAAGCUCCAGGACUCCCGCAGCAGAGAGGAGCUCCGCAGACUCCUCCGCUUCAUGGCUCUCGCCGCACAGCCAAGCGACCUCAAACUGCACAAAGAGGUAGAGAACAGGAUGGCGGUGAAGAGAGCGUUUUCCAGUGCCAUCGUGUAUAGCACCAGACUCGCCAAAGGAAAGGUGGAUCUCCUGGUGCUUUUCAUGAUAGACAACCACUUAGAUCUUUUCAAGAUCCCUGCAUCGUUACACAAGCUUGUUAGUGAUAAACUUGCCACCAUAAUCAGGGGCAAAGAUCCUGACGUUGUUACAGGUCCAUCUUAUUGUAGACGUCUUUCGAGGACCUCCUACAUGCAAACAGUACAGACAACCACUAAAGAGGAGCUGGUCGCUUUGCUCCGGACCAUUCAUGAGAACCCCAGACUAUCUGUAAAAGAAAAGCGCAGACUGCUCGGACAGUUCUACAGAGGCCACCCUGAGAUAUUUGUGCAGUACUUCGGUAACCAGAUAUCCAGUGCUUAUCUGUGACGCAUGGCUGUAUUGCACAAGAUGUACAAAGUAAGAUGUAGAUUCUGUAAAAUGUCUUGUAAAUUAUGUAAAAAAAAAUUGUAAAUGUUAUUUUCCGUUCAUGGAUCCAUGAAUUAAAUGGUCAAAGUGUGACAUCAUGCACCUUUUAAUGCCCGUAUUAAAAUAUAAAUUAUAUUUAUCAAGAUAUUUUAGACCUGUAACAUUACUGGUUUUGUUCUGAUGUUGUUUCUUAUCAAAUUAUGUGACCCUCGUAAAAAUUUGAUGUUGUUUGUUGUCAUUG